UCAUUGGAUCGACCGGACUCGGACUCUUGAGGAUGCGCUCACAUUGCCUUCUCGGGAAUGUAGGAAGUCUGUCAUUACGCUUUGGCGACGAGGAAACUCGUAAUUUGGGGGUUAAGGAUGGGAAGACCGCGAGCGUUCCACUCUCGCUUUUUGUGUGUGCGUGUGUGUGGGGGGAUACGCGCACGUGUGACGACUUCACGGACUAUGCAACAAUCCUCCAGGAACUUUAAACCGUAUGCAACCGCCAUUGUACCUCACCGGUGCUACCGGGCUAAAAUUGUCAAUGAGUGCGUUCUCAUAGCUGCACUUUGGAUCAUUCUAACCAACCAAUCAAAAUCGAGUUCAACGAGUUGUGAUUUAUCCCAAAACGCACGUAGAGUAUCUCAAUUCUGAAUGGAAGCAAUGGCCGGGGACUCCCGGUUAAAGAUGGCGACGAGGUCUGCUCGUCCACAAACAGCCGAGGCCCACUAGUGGUUAUUUAUCUCCAUGACAGUCGGCAUCUCCGCUCAAUCCACGUGCGUCAGUAUUCUCAUUUUACCGCCUUUCAUUUCCUGGAAUCCCAACCCCUCGUAAGUAUCCCUCCACUGGAUUUGAUUAGCUAGACCCGAUUUGAAGGAACGAUUGCACACAGACACUUUCGCCGACAGUUUUCCGGCCAACUAUAAAUAGUAAAGCCGAUUUAUAUCGUUUUAGAAUUGAUACGUUACGAGGACGUGCACGCUUGGAGGCUCGUACGAUUAUUUUGGCGCGGUUUUUCGCCGCGGAGGGAUACCGGCGAGUCACGUUCAUGAAAUAGCACUGCGGCUCCUCGGGCCACGCCUACUCCGCGAAGUAGUAGCCGGCUCGUAAAGACUUCCGCACCACGCCGCCUCAAUUCCGUCGUCGCCAAGUGGUCGCCUUUGGAUCUCAGCGUGGAUUUAUACAAGGACAAUUGGUUGAACGUCCACCAUCUAUGUCCCUUUGAACGUGCAAGGAGACCAUGUACAUUUUGGAAAGAAAUAUGGAGUGCCUGCCACAAGCCUUCUCCUACUUGGAUGAUGAGUUCUGCCCAAGUUUGAAGGAUCUCCAGUCACCACCCGUGAAGGCGGGGUUCUCCAAGGGUGAUCAGCUGAGCUUUGUGUCCGACAUGCUCCUGGAGAAUCAUGACAUGGAGCUCAACUGGAACUGCGCCUUCUUCCACUCUGAUGAUGAAGACUAUGGCGGUGGGGGGCGAGGGCGUCCCCAGUCCCCCGUGGCGGAGGAGAGCGGAGAGGACAGCUUGUGGCGAUGCCUGGCUUCCGACAAAAGCCUGGAGGAGAUGCUGUCGGACAUGGACGUCAGCAUCUUCGAAGGGCUCGUCGGCUCCACGCUGGACGGCCAGAACGUGUUGGGGGGCUGGGAGACGGGCGAGGUCACGUCCGACUCUUGCUCCACCGGAGGAGACGUGUCCACGUACUCGUCCAGCGAUUCCGAGGAGGAGAUCGACGUGGUGACGGUGGGGCGCAGCCCGUCCAGACAGCAGCACGACCACGACGACGACGACGAUGAGGACGAGCAGCGUGUCGCUCUCCAGCGCCAACUCCACCUUGACAUCCAGCUGCAGCACAAUUAUGCCGCGCUUCCUCCCAUGUCUCCGCCGGCCUCCUCAUCCAACAAGCACUCCCGCCAUCAUCAUCAUCACCACCACUCGUCGUCGUCACGACAUUUGGCGGAAACUGAGGACGAGGAGGAGCGGCGUCGGACUCACAACGUGAUGGAGCGGCAGCGGCGCAACGAGCUGAAGAACUGCUUUGUGCGUCUGCGCGACAACGUACCAGAGUUGUCUCGCAACGACAAGGCCUCCAAGGCGGUGAUCUUGAAGAAGGCCCGGGACUGCAUCCACGGCCUGGAGGAGAACGACCGCCGGCUGCGUGCCAAGCGGGACCGACUGGGCGCCAAACAGGAGCAGCUCAAAGCGCGGCUGCGGCAACUCAGACGGCCGGUCCGCUGGUGAAAAGGGAAGAGACUUUUGGACUUUGCUGUGAGCAACGAGAGCGAGUUGUUGACUUUCUCGUCAUUCAGGUUUCAAAAUGUUGCUGGAACUAGAACACGUAUAGUUCGCCCAAUUUCCCGCGUUCAACCUGCCAACAUUCGGACAUAUGAAGAGACUGUCGUGUUUGGUCAAAUAUUGUCGACUGUACUUCUGCAAGUUUGAAUAUUUUAGAUACACUUGCGCAGAGUUUCUCAUCCUGCCCGAAGGGAGAGGCUGAGAGAAGCCCACUCGUUCAGGCUUUCUGUUCUCGCAAUAGGUUUCUGAUCCCCUGAUACGGUUCUAGGCCAGAGACGCUUUCUAAACCUGUUUCCCGUCCGUCCCUAUGAGAGUAGGCUCAUUGUCAAUUAAGUCCAAAGUGACGUUUCGGACGAUGCCUUUGAGUGAGGGGGUAAAAGAAGGUGAAGGCCCCAACAGGAAAAAUUGCGACUUGUUUGAAAGUAGGGUAGCAUCUAUUCAGGAUGUCUUGUAGCCAUAGCAACCAGCGAUCCCUCCACUGUCAGGUUUUCUCUGAUGUUUAAUCCUUUCAGAAAGUUCUUUGAUUGUUUUUUCAGGCUUGCUUAAAGCUCAAAGGUAGCCAUAAUUGAUCUGAUCAACACUGUGAUGCUCAUCAAGAUAUGCUGUCCUGUUGAAUGGAUUGUUUUGUUACCAAAGCAAACAUGGGGUGUCACAUACCGGACCACGGACCUCGCACCCCUUUUGAAAGUAGCCAUAUGAUGCAAUCUUCCAUAAGCUUUGAAGCAGUUCCUUAAUUCACUCACUGCCAUUGAUGACUACAGAAGUCAAAGACUUGGGCUGCCAGUGAAUGAGUUCAUGAAAUGUUGUCUCCAUUAAUAGACUCAAAUAAAUGUUUUAUAAGAUAA